AUUCAAUCAGGGGAGUCGUAAAUGUUUCGGCAGUGAGCGGGUUUUUUGCAUUUGUCAACAUCGUGGGGUCACGUGCUGGCCUAUGGAGGUUUCCUCUCCUGUUUCCAAUAUCUUCUCUCUAGGUAUCGUCCAUAUUUUUUUCUCAACCAGUGUCCGCGGGUUGAUGAAAAGGGUUAGGUCUACAGUAGCAGUUUGAAUAAAGAGAAGGAGAGGGAGACAAAAUGCUGCUUUAACGACACAAAACUCAUGCCAGCAGGAGUGACGUUUUUUCCUGCCCGGUCCCGAGUGGGCGUUUCCUGUCUUUGGAUUUGUCUCAACCACGUGACGAGGAAUUCACAGCAGGGCCUUUUUGUCGCGGCCAUCGCGGUGCAGGAAGAACAUGAACAUCAACAGUCCGCGGACAAACAUGCUGCGGCCGCGGACGCGGCUAAGAUGGAGCGUAAGAACAUAGCGGAAAAAUCUUCCGACGGAGCUUGGCUCGUCGGGGCAGACGGCAAAUCCCGUGUCGCGGACGUGGAGGAGCAGGAGACGGAUGUAUCUUCUGCAGACGUAUCGUACUUGUCUAAAUUGCAGCUAUGCAUCAAGACAAGUCUAGUUUCUAGACUUGAAUCAGCAUGACAUUUUCUUUUUGAGGCAAUUUUUUACGAGUACGAAAUUUUACUACUGCAUAGGAUGUGGGUACAGACGAUGAAGAACUGGAGCAGCACACGCCGACCAGCACAAACAGUGACGGAGGAUCUGCUUUGCCGCGGACAGCAGGAGCUGCACACAACGGGGAAAGUGGCUUCGUCGAGUUGGUUGUCAAAACCGGGGAAAACACCAAGGGAGCUAUCAUGUACGACUACAACAGCUCACAGAUGGAGAAGGACGAGCUCUUGCCGGGUGAAGCCACGAAGAACGGCACGAACAUCACGCUUCUGAUGAAUGACACUUAUGGUGAUGUGCUGAAUUUGCCACCGACUGGCUAUGCCAGUCCAGUGGACGAGUUGGAGUUACUCCACUACAAUUUCGCCGCCCAAGAGGGGCUUCAGUCGCAGGUAGUUGGUUCAGUUUCUUCGGUCUUUCCGUUCACGCAGUGUCAUGCUGUUUUAGUUUUUUACAGAAAAAAGUUUUUUCUGUCCGUGCAAGUAAUAAAUUUUGUGAUGUUCUUACAGUGCGAGCGGUCAUACUUACGAUAGACAGAAACGCUAACGAAGCUGAAGGUACGAAACAACUUCACACUCAACAGGACGAGACGCUGACAACCAGGCUUAUGACAAAGUGGAAGAUCACCCCGUAUGGAGCGCAGCUCGGUGUGAAAACGUUUCGCUAA